CAGGCCGGUCAGCGCGAGGUGGAGUCUGCGGCGAGAGACCCAGCAGCGGCACACACUUAAAUUACGUGCCCGGCGCCAGCAGCAGCAGCAGCUCCGGCACUGAGGCACCGCAGCGCACCCGCCCCAGACACCUCUGCUGCUGCUCGCCAUGGGAUCCGCCGCCGAGCAGCCGGGCAGGGCCACAGGCCUCGUGUCCAGCCUGCUGAACGACACCCUCGAGUUCUGCCGCUGGAGCUGGAGCAUCCGAGACAAACGUGUUGAUGACUGGUUCUUGAUGCAAUCUCCAUUUCCAACACUGACUAUAAGCACUCUCUACCUCCUCACUGUCUGGCUGGGUCCCAAGUGGAUGAGGAGAAGAGAACCCUUCCAAUUGCGCUUCUUGCUGAUUAGCUACAACUUUGGAAUGGUUCUACUUAACUUCUAUAUUUUCAAAGAGCUAUUUUUGGCAUCCAGAGCUCGAGGAUACAGCUAUAUCUGCCAAACUGUGGAUUAUUCAGAUAAUAUUUAUGAAGUCAGGAUAGCUGGUGCUUUAUGGUGGUACUUUGUCUCAAAAGGAAUUGAGUACUUGGACACAAUAUUUUUCAUCCUGAGGAAGAAAUUUAACCAAAUCAGUUUCCUUCAUGUCUAUCACCAUUUCACUAUGUUCACCUUGUGGUGGAUUGGUAUCAAGUGGGUUCCAGGAGGACAAGCUUUUUUUGGAGCCCAAAUGAAUUCUUUUAUUCAUGUUGUUAUGUACAUGUACUACGGAUUAGCUGCCUGUGGCCCUAAAUUGCAGAAAUAUCUGUGGUGGAAACGAUACUUGACCAUAUUACAAUUGAUUCAGUUCUAUGUGACUCUUGGCCACACAGCCAUGUCUAUUUAUAUCGACUGUCCCUUCCCUAAAUGGAUGCACUGGGGUUUAAUGAUCUAUGCUGUCACCUUUAUUUUCUUGUUUGGUAACUUCUACUAUCGGACAUAUAAAGUGCCCAAGGAACCCAUUAAGAAUGGCAAAAUAGUGAAUGGUGCUGUUGCAAACGGUGUAAGCAAACUAGAAAACAAUCUAGUGGUGGAAAAUGGAACAAAGCAGAAAAAGGGAAAAGCAAAAGGAGAGUAACAUAUCCAAGCCUUAACCAUUGCUGGCAGUGGGAAACCUCCAGUUUGGUUUAAAAAGAAAAAGAUUAAAAAAAGAAAAGUAUUGUACCAAUUAACCCUUAGGUUACUGAAGAGCUAGAACACAGAUAUUUUCAUUAUUUAUGAAGAUUGUUUUAACAAAAAUAUUUCAAGUUAAAUUUCUGUUAUAAUUAUGUAAUUAUCAAGCAUUUGAUGAUCUCUGUGUAAACUUUUAGACCGCGGGUGCUGAUGAAUGUAAGAAAGAAUUGCAGUAAAUAACAUGUUUUAGCAGUCCAAAGGUUAAUAUUACCAGUGAUCCAGUGGUUUGUUGAAGCCCACAUUUCUAUGUGGAAAAAGGCAGCUUUUGAAUAUUUCUGUUUCUGCCAGAAAUUUAUUAAAUUCCAAAUUAUGAUGCUGUUUGCUUUUAUCUGAAGAUACAAGCUCUCAUUAUUAAUUAGAGAGAUCUCAAGACAGUUAUGUUCACAGUUAUGAACAGAGUCUGUUGACCUAUCAGACACUCUUUGUUUUGAUUUAGUGUCUGCUACAAUUUUUCUUCUAUUGUGGAAAUAUACCUACCUCUUAAUCUGCUGAAAAGAACAUUUAACAUUAAAUAACUUUAAUUUCUGAAAUAUGGAGUCUUCUAAUAUAAAUGUCAGUUAAUGCUAAUUGGAGAAAGAAAUUGCUUUCCUGAAAAAAUACAUUUUCACCUGUUUUGUAGAAUUAUCAUCUGUCUCUUUCAGUGCAAGCUUGGAAUGGUAUUUUGAAUGUGGUUAAAUGGAGAGAAAACUUUAAAAAAAUAUAUUUAUAUGAAACAAAGUACAUCUCAUAGCCUAAGAUAAUACAUUCAAUGUAAGGUUAUUCUGCCUUGUCCCCUACCUGCAUUAAACCCAUGGUGCUAACUCUUAUAACACUCAAAAUGAUUGUAUGGUGUUAUGGUGAGGGGGAACAUACUGUAGAACUUAAUCCUUCUUUUGCAAAUGCUACGUGCAUUCGAUGCCAGUCAUGUUUAAAUAGAAAACAGGCACACUUCAUCAGGAGAGAGAAUCUGCAGUUAAAAUAUGUCUUUACAGUAAAUACAUUGUGAGUAUGUUCUGGAAAUAUCUGCCCAUACGUUAGUCUUUGAUUGUAGACUACACAUCUGGUAUUGUUUGCAGGCCACCGCCUAAUGCAAAUGAUAGAAGUAGAUUGGCUGGCAUUCCUCCAGUAUUGCUGGCUCUUGUCAGUCUAUGUUCUGGGGUUGCUCUGCCUAUCAUUCCUUAGUCAAAACAGUUAUAAGAAGACAGUCUUUUUAUAUAGCACUUCACUAAGAUUAAUCUUUCCUUAUGUGAGGAAAGCAUGGCAGUAUUUCUUAUUCCUUUUCUGUUUACAUGGAUACUGACGCAUGGAGAAUUGUCACUUGUUCCAGCUCACAAUGAAUAUGAUGUAGAACUGGGACUAGAACGUAGGUCUCUUAACUCCUAGUUCUCUGUUUAGACUCCUGCUAGUUCCCAGAUACAUUUCUGACAUUCGUGGUUAAAAACAGGUGUAUCACUAGUCAGCUCUCUUACACUGGGGAAAUGGUACAGUUUUUCAAGUAAAGAAUGUAUAAAAAGUUCUAUCUGUAGAAGUUAAAAUAUCUAACACAAUUUAAAAUUUUCAACUGUUAUCCAUCCACCGUAUAAUAAAGAAUAGGCAAACAAAACCAACACCUUUUCUGUUACUAUGUUUCUGUCCUUCCCCAUUUUACCAAAAACUCUCUCUGUAUCCAAAUACCAAGAUAGAAAUGCAAGGAAGAGAACUUGAGGACAUAGCCUGUAGUACUGGAAAUGGGUUAAAUUGGAAGUCAGUUCUUCAGUAGUAAGCCCUCUUCCUGCCCCCAAGCAGAAUACAUGACAGGGUGCUGGAUGGCUAGAGCAUAGAAGCUUUAUUGCACUGGAAUUGCAUUAAUUAUCCUAUUAGCUUAGUCUUGAUGCUUUCCAAAAAAACCUCUGGAUUUGUACAAAUGUAUAUUUCUGUGUAACAAUAGUCAUAAAGCAUGUGGGAGGGGAAAAGGGUCGAGGUCUUUCUCAAACAAAUCUGCAUGUAUUCUCCCUACUUCUAGUAAACUAGCAUUUGGCUUGGAUGUUUUUAUUUCCUUUCUUUUUAAGCCAAAUUAAAUGAAGUGAUGCAACAUGUAACAUCUUCUGGCUCCUAAAGAGCCUCUUGAGAAAUGUUCUGGUACUGCCACAUCUUUGAAAUAAAAAUUUCAUCUUGCAUGUUGACCAGUAUUUGGGAGCCAAAUUCCCACUUACUGUAUGCAUCAAAAAUGCACUUAAGGAUGAAAACAGCUGAAGCCUAUGACAGGAGGUUAGGCAAAUCUUGCAUUGGAAUUUUGGGUCUAGGACACUGGAAUUCUGGGUCAGCUGGUGCUUGUAAAAGAGGAGCUUGCUAGAGGUAAAACUACAUUCUGAGUGAAUCUAGGUGCAGGCACAGCUCUCAUGUCACUUGGGCUCACAGGCAAAGCCAGUUAUAGAGAUCUUUCCUGGCACACUGCUAUAUAUAGAGUUUACCAACACUGUCACUGAGAUAGCAUUGAGCUUGCAGCAUCCAUCCUCUGCUACAGGGUUUUCCUUGAUCCAGUUCUUGUCUGUCGAUGUCCGUAUGAUUCAGUCCUGCUUUAAGCCUGAGUACGAUGUCUCUUAUUGGUGGAGUGUUCUGAAGUGGAAUACUUGUACUUUCUUUCUAUUCCUUCCUGUGUCUGAGAAGCCUGAGCUGCAGAACACAGCCAAAGUUGACAGCUUGCAGUUCAUCCUCUUUCCUCCGGUUUGAGGCAGUAAUGCACAUGUAUGCACUGCUAAAAACUCACUGUCUUGCCCAUUCUGUGCCUUGCCUGAUUGUCCAUGGCACCUCAGAAUUUGGCUCCAGAUGUAGACAAAGUAGAGUGCAUGUGAAAAUACGUGUACAUAUACACAAAAUUAAAACUACAGUGCUGAAAAUGUGUAUAGUGAUUUUUUUUUUGCUAUGCACUUUUUAUAUAAUCAUGACUCUAUUUAACCAUUUGGCACCUAGGACUUUUCCAUUGAAAGGGAUGUCUUUCCUAAGAAAUUUUGAAACCUUUGGACCAAUCAGCUGUCACACCAUUUGUACUUGAUCCCACACAUAUCUUCUCAACCCAAUUUCCCAUAGUGAAACUUCAUCUCUAGAUAACUUAAUAUUUUUUUAAAGCAAACUAGGAUUUAUAUAUGUUCUUAACAGGUACUCCUAAUUUGAGAAGUAACUGAUGAGUUUUAAAUAGGACUUUUGGAUGCUUCUAGGGAUUAACCACCAAAACCAAGCUACUUUCAUUGAUUAUAGCUCUGAUGCCAGGCAUUUAAAACAUGAAUGGCAUUUGUUGGUCAUUUUAGGCAUAGGCUACUGGGAACCUCACAAUGUCACUUGUUCAAAUGUAAAACAGCAGAUCAAGGGAUGUGCUCUUUCCCCUCUAUUUGACAUUCGUGAGGCCUCAUCUGGAGUACUGUGUCCAG